AUGGCGCCUCUGUGUUCCAACGAGGGUUUCGGGUCCGUGGAGAAGGUCGUUCUGCUCACAUUCCUGGCAGUGGUUAUCCUGAUGGCCAUCCUGGGUAACCUGCUGGUGAUGGUGGCUGUGUGCAGGGACAGGCAGCUCAGGAAAAUAAAAACCAACUAUUUCAUUGUGUCUCUUGCCUUUGCUGACCUGCUUGUUUCGGUGCUGGUGAUGCCCUUUGGUGCCAUUGAGCUGGUCCAAGACUUCUGGGCUUAUGGUGAGAGGUUUUGUCUGGUCCGGACCUCUCUGGAUGUCCUACUCACCACAGCAUCGAUCUUUCACCUCUGCUGCAUUUCCCUGGACAGGUACUAUGCCAUCUGCUGCCAACCUUUGGUUUAUAGAAACAAGAUGACCCCUCUACGCAUCGCAUUAAUGUUGGGAGGCUGCUGGGUCAUCCCCAUGUUUAUAUCUUUUCUCCCCAUAAUGCAAGGCUGGAACAGCAUCGGCAUAGAUGAUGCGAUAAAGAAACGGAAAUUCAGCCACAUCUCUAACUCCACUCUAACAUGGUGUGUCUUCAUGGUCAACAAGCCCUACGCCAUCACCUGCUCUGUGGUGGCCUUCUACAUCCCAUUUCUCCUCAUGGUGCUGGCCUAUUACCGUAUCUACAUCACUGCUAAGGAGCAUGCCCAGCAGAUCCAGAUGUUACAACGGGCAGGAGCCACCUCUGAAAGCAGGCUGCAGCCAGCUGACCAGCACAGCACACAUCGCAUGCGGACAGAGACCAAGGCAGCCAAGACUUUAUGUGUUAUCAUGGGCUGCUUCUGUUUCUGCUGGGCUCCCUUCUUUGUCACCAAUAUUGUGGACCCUUUCGUAGACUACACUGUCCCCGAGCAGGUGUGGACUGCUUUCCUCUGGCUUGGCUAUAUCAAUUCGGGGUUGAACCCUUUUCUCUAUGCCUUCUUGAAUAAGUCUUUCAGACGUGCCUUCCUCAUCAUCCUCUGCUGUGAUGAUGAACGCUACAAAAGACCCCCCAUUCUGGGCCAGACUGUCCCCUGUUCAACCACAACCAUUAAUGGAUCCACCCAUGUGCUAAGGGAUGCAGUGGAAUGUGGUGGCCAGUGGGAGAGUCGGUGUCACCUUACAGCAACUUCUCCUGUGGUGGCUGCUCAGCCCAGUGAUACUUAG